AUGUCUCAAGAACAAGGCCCAUCGACUGCUCAUGUUGUGGCUGACGACAAUGUUGCCAACACCACAGCCAAUGAUGCUGUCGCCACUGAUUCAGCAAGUGACGGCGCCAGCACACCAAGUGAGGCAUCCAAGUCUUCACCCUUACCCUCACCCUCACCCCCGAACGAUGCUUCAUGCGCGCCAGCCGCCGGUCUGUCCGCUGCAGCACAGGAUGCGAGUGCCCAGGAACACACCAUGUCCAUCAAGACUUCCUUGAAGGUCUACAGACCUGCGAUAAUCUGUUGCGCCAUCUGGGGCGCUUCGGUAAUCAUGCAGAGCUUCGCCAUUGCCCUCAUUCCAUCCUUCUUCGCUCAAGAUCAAUUCAACCAGAAGUUCGGCUCUCUCAACAGUUUGGGUGUAUACGAGAUUGCUGCAUCUUGGAAAACCCUUCUCACCAUGGGUGCACUAAUUGGUGAGAAUCUCGGUCUUGUGAUAAGUGGGCUUGCCUCGGACAGAUUUGGGUACAAGAUACCCAUGAUCGCCGCUCUCCUUUUCACAUCAGCAACUAUCUUCAUCCCUUUCUUCGCCAACAACGUCAGCAUACUUUUAAUUGGUCAGAUUCUUGGUGGGCACCCCUGGGGAAUGUUCCAAAGCAUGCCAUCGUCCUUUGCUUCGGAUAUCAUGCCUCAGAAUCUUCGACCAUACCUCACCACCUACAUCAAUUUAUGUUGGGUUAUUGGACAGUUGUUUGCUACUGUGGCUGUACGUGCUUGCUUGUCCAUGGACAAUGAGUGGGCAUACAGGAUUCCCAUCGCUAUUCAGUGGAUAUUUCCACCUCUUAUCAUUCUUUAUAUUCUGUUUUCCCCAGAAUCGCCCGUCUGGCUCGUUCGAAAGGGUCGCAAGGAAGAAGCCCGUAGGGCUCUCUUGCGCCUUACCACCCGCGGAAAUGCCCACUUCAACGUCGACAACGUCAUCGACUUCAUAGAGGAGACGGAUGAGAGAGAGAAGAAUAUAUCGGCUGGCACCUCAUAUCUGGACUGCUUCAGGGGAGGUGAUUUGCGUCGAACCAGAAUUACGUGCUUUGCUUGGUUGGUCCAGUGCCUUUGUGGCUCCGUCUUACAGGGAUACUCACCCACUGUCUACCAGGCUUGUGGACUCGAUGGCGUUUGGGCCUUCAAUAUGGCCAUGAUACAGUACGCAAUUGGUAUAUUGGGCACAAUCCUCUCUUGGUGGUUCAUGGCUCUCAGCGGACGUCGCAACCUGUAUCUCUAUGGUUGCAUGGGCCUCUUCGUCCUCCUACUCUCAAUCGGUGCCACGGCUUUUGCGUCGGCAGAUAAUAAGGCAGCCCAAUGGGGAAUGGCCUUCCAGUAUCUCCUCUUCACCUUCGUCUACGGCUGCACCAUUGGGCCUGUCUGCUUCUCCCUCGUCACCGAAAUGUCUUCGCUGCGUCUGAAGACCAAGACAAUUGUUCUGGCCCGCAUCUCCUACAAUAUUUGCAGCAUCGGAGUCAACACUCUUGCCAACUACCAACUGACGUCCCAGCCUAAGGGUUGGGGCUGGGGUGCCAAGAGUGGACUGUUCUGGGCUGCCAUCACCCUAGGAUGCAUCAUCUGGAUCUACUUCGACCUUCCUGAGCCAAGGGGAAGAACUUACUGCGACAUGGAUGUCAUGUUCGAGCAUGGCGUCAGCGCGAGGAAGUUCUCGAAGACAGAUGUAGCUGAGUUGGCUUCGAGGCCAAGGGCGACCGAGAGUGAGCAGACCGCGACUGACGAUCAGGACGCGGCUGCAGACAACAACGGUGUUGAACUUACUGCUAUGGAUGGGAGAUCAAACGCAUAG